UAAUAAAGCACGUGCGCCUACUAUACAAUUCCUUACUUCUAUAAGCAAUUUACGCUUAUUCACAGCUUUAUAAUUAUAUUUUGGUUUUUUAUAAUAUUGUAAUACUACGAGUAGUACUAAACGACUAGUUUUAAGCAUAUUUCUAGUGUUUUUGCACUGAGCGUGGUCGGCGCAUAUUAUCUGACUUUCACGUUCCCAGGAGAGGCCGCCCCAACCAACCACCCCAUCACUCACCCUCCACUAAUUUCAAUUCCCGCUGGACAUCGCCCCAUUGAAUAAACACAUCAUGUCUUACUCGUGUAUGGUUGACAAAAAGUUCACCGAGGCCGUCAAUGAGCUCACCGCGCUGUACGAUGUUGAUGAGCUGGACGAAUGCAUCGCCGGAGCACACGAGCUUCUCUCCGACUCAGCCAUACCCCGCUACCACAAGAUGAAGACUCUUCUUAUUCUUGCCUCAACUGCUGAAGACUGGAAAGAAGCAAACGCCUACCGCCUUGAAAUAGAAACAAUAUGUCGCCAAGUUCGAGCAUGGCAUCCGAUUGGCGAGGCUGCCAAUAUCGAUGAAUACUUGGCUGAGAUCCGUGGAACGCUGGAUGAGCUUCUUUCAGUAAUCAACGAGGAAGAAAGAGAGGAGCACGACUACGAAGCCUAUAAAAUGAUGGCUGAUAAUGAGGAACGAGUUGAUGAUGAGCGGGCUAUGGAGGAGGGUGACCAUGCUAUCAGCGAUGAUGCUGACGGAGAGCACUCUGAAGCCGACGGAGAUGAAGGCAAAGUUGAAGAGGAUAAGCAGGCUCAGAAUACAUAA